GAUGGAGGGGAUGGAGGCGGCGGCCAAGCCUGCGCGCCGCUCUCAAGCAUCCAGUACAGGGAGCAGAGCCACAAGGCUCGUGCAGGUGACUGCAGCUAUGGCUAGACAUGGUCCUGAGCAGCCAGACAACGGGCCCCUCCUGAGACCCACACUCUGCCCCCAGGAAGACCGAACGCCUAACCUGAUGGCCCCCAAGCCUCCCAGGACAUGGGGGCUGCAGCUCCGAGGCCCUUCUGUGCUAGAGUCCAAGGUGAAGGCCUUGAAGGAGAAAAUGACAGCACGUAAACAAGGAGAAGGUCCCUGUACCAUUUCCUAUGAGUGUCCGCCCCCUACGAAAUCCACAUGCCACCAAGUCAAGCCUGGAGCAGUCCGGAGCCUGCCAGAGGGCUGUCCUCUACCCCAUGUCCCAGUCCACCAUGCUCCGAACCCUAUUGAUGGGCAGCUGGCCAGCCAGGUUAACAAGAAACCUUCCAGGAAUGGUGGAUCCACACCAUCUACCCCUGAGAGAUGGAAUAAGCAAAGCCUAUGGUCUCCAGAAGCAGGGCGGAUGCUGGCUGAUCAGGAGGAGGACCCAGGGUCUUGCUCUUUACAAGAGAACUUCAACUACCAGGUCUGUGCAGGCCAGCCACUGGGGCCUGGUCCCUGUGACAGCACCCACUUGAGCAGCCUGAGGAAGAGAAGGCCGCACCCACUUGGAGAUGGUAUGAUCACAGAGGGAGAUCUGGACAGCACAGCCCUAACCUCCAAGGAGGUCUUAGUCCCCAGAACAGACCUGCCAGAGACACCCUGGAGAGCUGAUGGCCUAGAGGCUCUGGGCACUGUGGCAAAUGCUUUGUCCUUGUCUGACCGCGUGGAGAGGAACCGCCUCCUGCUACAGGAGAUGCUGAAGAUUUCCAGACAGAGUCCUUCCAGGGCAGGAAACCCAGACUGGACUCCAUCCUGGGGCAGGGCUGCAAAAGAGCGACCAGCGGGAGACGAGGACUGGGACUCGGGCAGCCCCCUGCAGGACUCAGGUCAGAGCAGGACCUUUGUUCCCAAGCUGGAGCCUGUGCUGAGUGCCGGGCAUGAGGAAGCCAAGCAUCUGCUACAGCGUGUUCGCAUGAAGGCCAGGACCAAACCGCUCCGAGCCAGCCACGAUAUUGUGCCCACCAUUGCUCAGGGCAGCCGAAACGGCCAGAGAAGCCCAGCCCUGGAUGUGAAGACCCCGUCUGCCUAUGGAGAGAGCCUCCAGAACGGGAACAUAGAUGACCCCUCAGGUUUAGCGUCUGUAUCUGGGCAGUGGCCCAAGCAGGGAACGCCCCUGUCUCACGUCCGAUUUGAAGAUGAGUCUGCCCACGAGGCCGAGUCCCGGUACCUGGAGCGCCUUCAGCAGCGCCAGCGUCGGGCGUUAAGCGCAGUGCUACAUGCUAUGGACCAAGGGCCGCUGCGCUCCAAGCCGGACCUCACCAACUACAUUAACCGCAGCGUGGGGAACAGCUCGUUCCACGGGCCCGUGGGCUCGCCAGACCACAGUAACUUCUCUGCAACACUGCCUACAUGGGACAGGGAGAGGACGUGUCCAGCCUGUGGCAGCUGUCUCGAGGAGCGUUGCCCUGCUGAGGGGAGGGCAGCCCCUCACCUGAGGGUCCUCCGGGGUCUUCAGGCUGCCUGUGAGGCAGGGGCAGUACUGCUGGGGUCCUGUAAUUCCGAUGGCUUGAGCUCCCCCUUCCCAGGGCUCCACACAGAAUGGAUCCGGGAAACACACAUCACAGACACUGUCGCCACAGACCCUGAGGAGGGGAACUCUUCCCUGGACAGCACCAGCAGUUCAGACAGCUGGACAGACAGUAAGGCUGGCAGGACCUCUCGGUCCAGCAGGGCAGGUGAGCAGACCCAGGUCAGCAGCCCCCAGCAGUGGCAGCAUGGCUCUAGGCCUCAGGGAGAUUGCAGGCGGUCCGGAAAGGCUGAGACUGAGCUGCCCCGUGGCCUUCAGGCCUGGCCUCACCUGCCUGAGGCUGACGAUAUGAUCGUAGGAGGAGAGGCAAAAGGAGCCAGAGGACACAUAACCCAGGGAACUUUGUUUCUAAAGGAAGGUGCUGUGCCUAAACCUGCCUUGGAACCUAAGAGGCCUUGGUCCCAGGGGCAGCUUGGAUCACAGUUAGGAAGUCACUGGGCCCGCCCUGAGGACUGCGGGAAUCCACGCAGGACAGCCUCUGCUGUGCCAUUUUCCAAGAAGCUCCGGUCCCCAGGACCAGGCCAACCAGACCAAGUUACCAAAAGCCCUGAAUCUCUGGGAACUGUCCACACCUCUUCUCCCCAGCAGAGCCCUGAAGAGCCCGCUGCACUCCUCCCAGCCCUACAGCCAACUCUGCCCCUCUCGCUUGAAGUGCCAACCCCGCCUUCUUCAAGGAAAUCCCUCUGCCCUCUACCCCUGGGGAAGGCAGCCUCGAGUGGACACCACAGGCUGGGGCACCAGCUGGAGCAUACGGAUAUCCCCCGGCCGCCGUCCCCUCCAGGAACUGCGGUUCUCACCCCACCUCAGCCCUGUAGCCCACCAGUCAAGCAUCUACUGCCGGACCUGUCCAACAACUACAACAGCAGUGGCCCUCUGGGGCUGCAGGAGCCCUGGGGAGCUGCUGUCCGCAAGAGUAGAGCUGACCGGUGUUGUCAGGAGAGUGAUGGAGAUGGAACACUCCAGGACUCACUCCAGUCUGCAGAUGUCGCCACGGUCAAUUCUACAGCCAUCACCCUCUCCCUCAGCUCAGAGGAGCCUGAGUGCAGCCAGGAGCUGGGAGGAGGUCCACAGGGGACAGAAUCCUGCUCUGGAGGCCACAUGCCCCCUAGGGCAUCACCUGAGGCCAGUGCAGGGCACAAGCCACCCUCAGCUUCCCGUUCUGAUGGGAACAAGAAAAGGAGGAGUAGUAUCGUCUCCACCUUGGGGCUCAAAAAGCUCUUCUCAGCCCUGGGCCACGCCCCCCAGCCCAGACUUGGCACAUCCCGAAGCUGCAGUGUGGAACAGCUGCAGCCCUCAACACUGGCUCCACACACCAGUACCCCCAAAGUGAAGAGAGCCCCAUCGUUACAGAUCCUGCACACGGUGACGCCCUCCCAUCAGCAUCGGAAAGCAACUUCCUUUCAGAACCUCCAUUCUCUGUUAGGUGGCAAGGGAGACCGGUCCAGCCUCUACCUGGUGGAGGGGUCAGGGGACCCCCGUGCACCCAGCAGGUAAGUGAGACACAGUGCUCUCAGCGUGGAAGAUGUGGGCGGCCCCAGCCUCGCUCGCAGUGUGGGCCGUGUGGUGGCGGUGUUCCCAGAUGGCACAAGUCAGCUGCAGCUGCAGCGGCCCCCAGACGGCAGCUUCGGUUUCCGUCUGGACUACGGCAGUGGCCGUCGAGACUCAGGGCUCUAUGUGCAGGCCAUGGCUGACCUGGAUACUGCCAAGCUGUACUCGGGGCUACUUGGGGUAGGGGAUGAGAUCCUGGAGGUGAAUGGGGCCAAGGUUGCUGGGCUGGGCUUGGCUCACAUCAAGGAGCUCCUGGCUCAUGUGGAGAGCUUGUCAAUUCGUGUCUUGAAAAAGAGGCCUGUCCCCCAGUGACCCAGAAGUACUGCUGCUCUCACCGACGCUCCCUCAGUAGCCCUGACCCCCAACACACAGCGGGAGGGGCUGGAAAUUGCCACUCAGAUAAUGUGUUUCACAGCCCAGGGUGGCAUCUAGUUGUCCGAGCUGUGGCAGAAGCCGUUCUGACCGGCCACCUGCAGGAAGAGGCAAAGAGCCUGUGUGUGCAUUCAGUUAGGCUCGCUAAUGGAUGCAGAGCUGGAGAAAGAGAAUACCACUUUCUUCCGUCACAGACGUGACCAUGUCCCUUUGCUGGAAGGAGGGGAGAGCAACUGACUAUGUCCCUGGGUUGGUCCCUGAGCGCUGGCUUCACCUCUUGGCCACACUCACUGGGAAGGCUCCCCAGCCCCCAGCAUACCAGAGAGAAUGUGGCCACAUUGGCCUUGUGCCCCGUCUGUUUGAGCUGUGGCUUGCCUGGAUUCCAUGUGACACUUGGCUCCUGAUCUAGAAGUCUCGGCACAGCCUGACAGCCAGGAGCACACAUUCCUAACCAAGCACUGGGAAGUAUGGCCUGUCAGGAGCUCUGUGCCCCUUCUGGGUAUGCAAACUUCUGAGAGUUUCUGGGAGCCAGAAUGUUAAGAAUUACUUUCUAAAAAUGUCUGCCCCCAGCCGAGUUGAAGAAUGAAACUAUUGCCAUUUGCAGCAAGUGUGGCCAUGGUACGAAAGAUGUGGGAGGCCAGGCCAGCCAGCCCCUUGCCUCCGCCUCUGCCUAGACCUCGGUUGUCGCAGCCUGGCCUGGGCGGGCCUUGGUCUUUGUUCUCUUGUCCAGCUUAGAGACAGGGCUGCAGCUGGUGUCUAGCUGUCUCCCAGCUGCAGGGUUUCUAUGCAGACCUCCCUGGUGGCGGCUGUGGGUGGGCAGCAGGCAGGGAGGCUGUUAGCUGGGGUGGCCUUCCCACCUAGACACAGCCUGCUGAGCCGAGGUCCUGCCCAAGGGUCCAGGGCUCUGGAGAUGCCCGGACAGGUGUCAGCCUUAAAUUAUUAAAACACAGAGCCAAAGCUGCU